GUAUUAUCACCUGCCUGUGGGAAAUCUGCCUCAGGACAUUUCUAUAUUUGGAUCAGAUCUAUUUCUUGCACGUCAUCUGAGAAAGCACAACUACUUGUUGUGGCUGUCACCUACGGCACGUCCGGACCUCGGGGGGAAAGAGGCUGACGACAGCAGACUGGUGAUGGAGAGUGAUGAGAGAGGCUCCAUGGAGAUCAAUAGCCAUGGCUGCUACUCGACAGUUUGUGUGGAGUUGGAUAUUCAGAGUUUGGCAGUAAACACCAUUCUACAGUCCCAGCAUGUUAACGACAUGGAAGGCGGGGCCAGCAUGGGCGUCAGCUUUGAUGUCAUUCAGCAUGCAUCUCUGGAGGAAAUGAUGUCAGGGAAUCAGGGGGCAAACACAGUGGCCAGCUAUGACGAGACGGCGCUCUGCUCCAACACAUUCAGGAUUCUGAAGAGUAUGGUUGUCGGUUGGGUCCGAGAGAUCACGCAGUAUCAUAACGUCUACGCUGAUAACCAGGUGAUGCAUUUUUACCGGUGGUUGCGAUCACCCAGUUCUCUGCUGUACGACCCGGCCCUUGCCCGCACACUCCUCAACAUGAUGAAGAAGAUCUUCCUGCAACUUGUGGCAGAGUUUAAGCGCCUGGGAUCAUCUGUGAUCUAUGGAAACUUCAACCGUCUCAUCCUCUGCACUAAGAAACGGCGCAUUGAUGACGCCGUUGCAUACGUGGAGUACAUCACUAACAGUAUCCAUUCAAAGGAGAUCUUCCACUCUCUGUCCAUCACAUUCUCACGCUGUUGGGAGUUUCUGCUGUGGAUGGAUCCAGCUAACUAUGGAGGAGUGAAGGGAAAGCUGCCCUCUAGCCUUCUGUAUGGAGAGCAUGGCAAUGAAAAGAAGAAAAAGAAGGAUGUAGAGGAGGAGGAUGGAAGUGAGGAGGAGGAGGAAGAAGAUGAAGAAAACCAAGGGGAGGAUGAAGAACAGGAUGUGGAAGAUGAUGUAGAAGACUUGAUUGAAAGUAACUGGAACAUCAUGCAGUACCUUCCUCAGACAGCAUCCUGUCAGAAAUACUUUCUCAUGAUCAUUUCAGCCUACAUUGCAGCUGUCUAUCACAGCAUGAAACAAGAGCUUCGGCGAAACGCCCCUGGUGCUACUCCCAUUAAGAGACGAGGAGCGACCCAAGUAUCCCAGCAGCCAACUGGGGAUGUCAGUGCACUUCCUGGUUUGAUUACAUUCUCUCAGGAGUAUGUGUCAAGUGAACUCACACAGAACUUCUUCACCAUCACUCAGAAGAUUCAGAAGAAAGUGUCAAGCACUCGUAGUGUUACACUCCCAUCUGAGAUGUUUCCUGUUCUUCCUGGUUCUCACUUGCCCCUCAACAACCCAGCUCUGGAGUUUAUUAAAUAUGUCUGCCAGGUGCUCUCUCUGGACGCCAACAUUGUCAAUCAGGUGAACAAACUGAAACGAGAUCUUUUGCGACUGGUGGAUGUUGGAGAAUUUUCGGAGGAUGCCCAGUUCCAUGACCCCUGCAAGUCCUACAUCCUGCCAGAGGUCAUCUGCCACCAGUGUAACUUCUGUCGUGACCUUGACCUCUGCAAAGACCCUGCAGUUUCCCAGGAUGGUUCAGUUCUUCCUCAGUGGUUCUGCUCUAACUGUCAGGCCCAAUACGACACAGAGUCCAUAGAAAUGGCCCUGGUGGAGGCGCUCCAGAAGAAGCUCAUGAGUUACACACUACAAGACCUGGAAUGUUCCAAAUGCAAAGGAGUGAAGGAAGCAAACAUGCCGCUGUACUGUAGCUGUGCUGGAGAUUUCAACCUCAGCUUCACCACAAAGAGCUUCACUGAGCAGGUGGAAGUGUUCCGGAACAUUGCCGCCCACUAUAACAUGAACUUCCUGCUAGAGACCAUUGACUGGGUCCUUAGUAUGAACGCAUAGGUGCUUUUUCACCGGAUACACUCCAUCAUUUGUGCCAAACAAUGUGUCAUUUGAGCCAUUUGUACAGAUCUGAAUUCAUAUGAAACACUGGAACAAUUUUGGUACUGGAACUUUUUUAUUUGUGUGUUAAUAAAUAUUUUUGUAU